GGCGGUAGAAGAGACACGAUGUGUCAAGUGCACGUGCUUAUUUUUAACCUAACCUCAACUCAAUUCUUAACCAAAAAAUCAUUUGAUAAACACAGUAUCAAAAUAAACGAUUCCCAUCUAAAUUGCAAGAUGCCGAAAAUAAAAAGUGAAAAGAAAUCUCGAAUCCAUGGCGAAAUAGCCAGACAAGGUAUUAUGUUCAACAAGGAUUUUGGACAACACAUUCUCAAAAAUCCCAUGAUCAUUACCUCAAUGGUUGAGAAAUCUGGUCUACUACCAUCGGAUACCGCUCUGGAAAUUGGUCCCGGAACUGGCAACAUGACUAUAAAGCUUCUUGAGAAAGUUAAGCAUGUUAUUGCCUGCGAAAUAGAUCCUAGAUUAGUGGCAGAAUUACAAAAGCGUGUGAUAGGAACCCCGUUUCAAAGCAAGCUACAAAUUAUGAUCGGAGAUGUAUUAAAGACAGAGUUGCCAUUUUUCAAUGUGUGCGUAGCAAAUAUACCCUAUCAAAUUUCAUCGCCGUUAGUAUUCAAACUGCUUCUACAUCGUCCAUUCUUUCGAUGCGCAGUUAUUAUGUUUCAAAGAGAGUUCGCGCAACGUCUUGUUGCAAAACCAGGAGAUAAAUUAUACUGCAGGCUAUCCAUCAAUACGCAGCUUUUGGCCAGAGUGGACAUGUUAAUGAAGGUAGGGAAAAAUAAUUUCAGACCGCCCCCGAAAGUGGAGUCGUCUGUGGUUAGGAUAGAACCAAAGAACCCUCCACCUCCAAUCGCUUUUAAAGAAUGGGAUGGGCUUACACGUAUAGCAUUCACAAGGAAGAAUAAAACUCUAAGCAGUGCCUUUAAGCAAACUUCAGUUCUAGCUUUAUUAGACAAAAACUAUAGGCUGCAUUGUAGUGUGAAUAAUAAGAUCAUACCGGAGGAUUUUAAUAUAAAGGAAACCGUUGAAAAGGUCCUGGUUGAUAUUGAUGCCGAACAAAAGCGAGCCAGGGUGAUGGACAUUGACGAUUUCAUUAUGGUACUACAUGCAUUCAACAAAGAAGGAAUACACUUUUCUUAAAAUACGCGAAGGUAACUCUGUAAUUUAUAUGUACAAAAUAUUUGGUUUAAUUAAAUAUACAAUUAUUUACAAUA